AGUCUCCGCUACGACCAGCAGAGAGCUUACCAACCGGCUGUUGGCACCUUGGAAAGAUCAAGAAACUUACAGGGAGAUUUUUGUUGAAGUAAAACCUCAGGGGAUAUAAUUAUAUAUCCUUUUAUUUAAUUUCAGUGAGAGCCAUUUUAUCAUCCACGGUUGUGAUCUUCAUUUGCAUGGUUUUUUUAGCCAACCCCACCCCUUCAGCCCCCAAACCUUGUUGGCAGCGGGAUUUUGAAAGCACCAUCAUCACAUUUAGCUGGAAUAUUUUGUUACUUUACUCUUUGGUGACAGAAAGCGACAAUAAUGAUUAAUUUAAUUUUUUUUUCUUAAUAAGAAUUUAAAUAUAGCCGUUAUUUUACUUGUUAAUGCCUGUGGGGGAAAGAAAAAUCGCCUGGGGGAUUGAAGCUUCUUCCCCCCUUCGGCUAUAAACUGAGGAAUCAGAUCCUUAAUUAAGAGCUGGAUUUGAUCAGAAAAGGAGAAACUUUUCUCAUUUGGAUUGUUGUAUUGCUCUUUGAUUUUGGGAGUUUUGCUUCAAUUUUGUGAAUCGGUCAAAUUUCCUUCAUUUUUGUUUGAUCCUUUUCGACCAGACAUUUUGGUUAUCUUAACUCAAUUAGACCCAAUUCUUGAAAGGCUCAGAAAGAAAUUCCUCAGAAAGUAAUCUUCAUUUUGAUUGGUUUAUUGGCUAGUUCUGGUAUCUUGCUGUAAACUCGCUUUCUAGAUUCGAUAAAGAGGAGUUUGGAUUUCUUUAGCGAAAAUGGGGGUCAUGUCGAGGCGGGUUGUACCCGUCUGCGGCAACCUCUGUUUCUUCUGUCCUUCAAUGCGGGCAAGGUCCAGACAGCCUGUGAAGCGGUACAAGAAGCUCCUUUCCGAUAUAUUCCCUCGAUCUCAGGAUGCAGAACCGAAUGAUAGGAAAAUUGGGAAGCUUUGUGAAUAUGCUUCAAAGAAUCCAUUACGUAUUCCAAAGAUUACAAAGUACCUAGAGCAAAGAUGCUACAAGGACUUGCGGAAUGAGCACUUUGGCUCAGUAAAAGUUGUAUUAUGCAUUUAUAGGAAACUGUUAUCCUCAUGUAAGGAUCAGAUGCCUCUAUUUGCCAGUAGCAUACUAUGUAUUGUUCGAACUCUUUUAGAGCAAUCACGACAGGAUGAAAUGCGUAUUCUCGGUUGCCAGACUCUUGUAGACUUUAUAAAUAGCCAGACAGAUAGCACAUACAUGUUUAAUUUAGAAGGUCUCAUCCCAAAGCUCUGUGAACUUGCUCAAGAAUUUGGAGAUAGUGAAAGAACUCUAAGUGUACGUGCAGCAGGAUUACAAGCUCUUGCUUUCAUGGUGUGGUUCAUGGGCGAGUAUUCCCAUAUAUCUAUGGACUUUGACAAUAUUAUUUCAGUGGUUUUGGAUAAUUACAUGGUGCUCCAAAUAAACUCAGAAAAUAGCAAGCAACAUUUAGAGAACUCUCAGCUCCAAGAUCAGUGGGUUCAGGAAGUUCUCAAAGCACAAGAUCACUGUUCAUCUUUCCCAGAUAUCAGUAAGAAGGUUCCUCGAUUGCCAGAUGUCAUGAAUACCAAACCUGAAUUGGAUCCCACAGUAGAUGUUUCCAAAAGCCCCACUUAUUGGUCAAGGGUUUGCUUGCACAAUAUGGCUGGACUAGCAAAGGAGGCAACUACAGUGCGGCGUGUGCUUGAUCCCCUUUUCCGCAAUUUUGAUACUGGGAAUAAUUGGUCCCCAAAGAAAGGGUUUGCCUGUUCUGUUUUAUCAGAUUUGCAAUCUUUGAUGGAAAAGUCAGGACAGAACACCCAUCUUUUGUUAUCUAUCUUGGUGAAACACUUGGAUCACAAAAAUGUCAUCAGAAAGCCUAGUAUGCAGAUUGAAAUUGUUGAUGUCAUCAUUUAUCUUGCACAACAUGUAAAGAUGCAGUCCUCAGUUGCAAUUAUUGGUGCAAUAACUGACCUGAUAAAACAUUUACGAAAAUGCAUGCAAUGUUCAUCUGAAGCAUCAAACCCUGGGGAUGAAACAAAUAAGUGGAACACUGCUUUUUGUUCUGCACUAGAAGAAUGCCUGAUAGAGCUCUCAAAAAAGGUGGGAGAUGUGGGACCAAUUCUUGAUGCAAUUACUGUUGUUAUGGAGAAUAUCCCAACUACAACUAUUGUGGCUAGAACAACUAUCUCUGCUGUCUAUCGCGUUGCACAAAUAAUCUCUUCAAUUCCUAAUGUGUCAUAUCACAAGAAGGCCUUUCCAGAAGCUCUAUUUCACCAGUUGCUCUUAGCAAUGGCCCACCCAGACCAUGAAACAAGAGUUGGAGCCCACCACAUCUUUUCUGCUGUGCUCAUGCCACAAUUGGUUUAUCCUUGCUCAGAUCUUAACAAAUCAACUUCAGUAGAUCUCUCGCAGGUAAAGAGUGGAAGAUUCUCCAUGCAGGGUGAAGGACAGGAUGAAGUGGAUUACAAGGAUGAAGCAUUGAGUGAGGGAGGAGAACAAUUGAGUGUGGAUUUAAAACGUCAUACUGUUUGUCCAUCCCUUAGUCAGCCUCACAGCUUCAAGCUUUCUCCUUCAUUUACCAUAACAAAAGGAAAAGAAGAGCCAACUUCCCUUCGACUAAGUAGUCACCAAGUGGGUCUUUUGCUUUCAUCAAUUUGGGUUCAAGCAACAUCUGCAGAAAACACCCCGGAAAAUUUUGAAGCAAUGUCUCAUACAUAUAGCCUUGCUUUAUUGUUUUCUCAAUCCAAGACAUCCAGUCAUGUGGCUCUUGUUCGGUGUUUCCAGCUGGCGUUCUCACUCAGAAGCAUUUCUCUCGAACAGGAAGGAGGUUUACAGCCAUCUCGCAGAAGGUCACUCUUUACCUUGGCAUCUUCCAUGCUUAUAUUUUCAGCAAAGGCAGGGAAUCUUCCACAACUGGUUCCUCUAGUUAAAGCGACAUUGACGGAUGAUACGGUUGAUCCUUAUCUUCAUCUGGUCGAAGAUACAAGUUUGGUGGCUGAUGGCAUAUCUGCUAAUCAGACAAUAAUGUAUGGAUCACAGGAAGAUGAAGUAGCUGCAUUGAAAUCUCUCUCAGCAAUAGAAGCGGAUGAUGGGAGGCUAAAAGAAACUAUUUUAUCCCAUUUGGUGAAAACUUUUGAUAAAUUAUCAGAGGAUGAGUUAUCAGCAAUUAAGAAGCAACUCCUAGAAGGGUUCUCACCUGAUGAUGCAUGUCCAUUGGGAGUUCCCCUAUUUAUGGAAACACCACAGCCAUGUUCUCCACUUGCACAAAUUGAUUUCCAAGCUUUUGAUGAGAUUAUACCUCCAGCUGCAUUGACAGAUGAAGAAGCUUUCCCUGAAGCAAGUGGAAGUCAAUCAGGUCACAAGACAUCAGUCUCCGUUAAUACGUUUGAUAUUCUCAGUGUUAACCAACUAUUGGAAUCACAGGUAUUGGAAACAGCAAGAGAAGUUGCAAGCCUUCCAGUUUCCACUACACCCAUACCUUACGACCAAAUGAAGAAUCAGUGUGAAGCCCUUGUAAUAGGUAAACAGAAGAAGAUGUCUGUACUUUUAAGCUUCAAGAAUCAACAGGAAGACAUGGGGAUAGGUGCUGAAGUUGAAAAGAAAGGGCCAACUUUCUCAGACAUGAAGAUGGAACUUCCAGACGUGGAUCUAACACCAAUGGCUCUUGAGAAAGUUCAGAGACAGGAUAAGCUCUGCUGUUUAAGUGAGCAAGAACAACAUUCAUUCAGGUUGCCACCAUCAAGUCCAUACGACAAAUUCUUGAAAGCCGCUGGAUGCUAGAAGGAUUGGUGGUGUUUAUACAUGUAUUUACAUGUGCUUGUUUCUCCUUUUGCUUUUCAGAUCAAUUUUUUAUGAGCAUAGCCUUUAGAAGUUUAAGAAUUAGCAUCAAUUUUUAGUCAAUUAUCUCGCUUUUUGAUAUUCUUCUCUCUUUCACGCCCUUCCCCAUGAAAGUAGUAAAUAGCCAUUCAUUAAGGUAAGAGCCUUUUGUGGAUUUACAGAAUAAAUGAUGCUACUGUAAUGGAUUUGCAUGACUUACCAACAAUGAAACUUAGCUCUCCCCCUCCCCCCUCGGCACCACUUUAAUUAUUUUUCCAUCUAAGGACGUUUUACGGUA